AUGGAUUUGAAAUGCAUAUUCAGCCUAGCAAUCCUUGUUUCCCAGAUAUCGCUUUCGUCGACGCAAAAUGUGAACGUUGUGAUUCAGGGAGCAACACCAAUUGCUGAAACAGAUGAUAACUUUGUAUGCGCUACAUUGGAUUGGUGGCCUACUGAAAAAUGCAACUACAAUCAAUGUCCUUGGGGAAAGGCUGGAAUUUUAAAUUUGGAUUUGAAAAUGAAGGGUCUAAUAAAUGCAGUAAAAGCAUUCAAUCCUUUAAGAAUCAAAAUUGGUGGGUCGUUGCAAGAUCAAGUGGUGUACGGAGUAGGAGGAGUUAAGAAUUGCCCCAAUUUCAUCAAAAAUGAAGAUAGUUUAUUUGGAUUCUCUCAGGGCUGCCUUCCCAUGGAAAGAUGGGACCAACUCAAUAAUUUUUUCAAUCAAACUGGAGUAAAGGUUACAUUCGGGUUGAAUGCUCUUCUCGGAAGAAAUCGGUCAGAAAUCAAAAAGGGUCUUUGGGUUGGCGAUUGGCAAUUGCAAAAUGCAGGGGAUUUCAUGAAGUAUACUAUUUCCAAGGGAUACAAAGUUGAUUCUUAUGAAUUUGGUGAAAAUCCAUGGAGAUUCGCCUUCGUGGGAGAUUUGGAGUUGCGACGGCUGAAGCUUAGAAACACUUGGGUUUUCCCUCUGUUUUGGGCCACCGUACGCCCGGUACAAAUUGGGGAUUAUAGCUGCCCUCUUUGCUUGUUGUCAUGA